AUGGAAUUCCUAGCAAGCAAAAAGGUUCUACACGGUGAUUUGGCCGCCCGCAAUGUUCUUUUGGCCGAUCACGGAGUUGUCAAAGUGACCGAUUUCGGCAUGGCAAGGCAAAUGAAGGAUUACGAAUACGAGAAAAAGGGAGAGGUAUUGUUGCCAGUCAAAUGGAUGGCCAUUGAAUCCCUGACUGAUAAAAUCUUUUCAAACCAAUCGGAUGUCUGGUCCUACGGGAUUGUUCUGUGGGAGAUUUUUUCCCUCGGUCAAGACCCCUAUCCAGGGAUGGGUAAUGGCUGGGCACUUAAGAGAGAAAUUCUAAAUGGUUAUCGAAUGACACCACCAGAAUAUUCACCCAAUUUUUUCGGGAAAAUAAUGGAAAACUGUUGGAAUUCGGAACGGAAAGAGAGGCCAACCUUCUCCAAAUUGGCCGAGAUGAUGGAAAAUUACAUCAAGUCAAAUAACAGCUUGGAUUAUUUGAACUGAACGGGAAAAGAAACUGAAAUAGUCAAAUAUUAGAGGUAUUCCACUCCCGUCUGAAAUUUUUAAGAAUUGUUACGUUAUUGAACGACGAACAAAGUCGUAGCAAAUCUAUUUCCAGCAACGAGAUUGAAAUAUUUGGAAUACUCGGUUCGUCCUUAUACUUUUGACUCGUUACUAAAGUUAAAUCCAAGUAAACCUUUGAAAUCCACCCUCCCACACCCUCCGAAUUUCCCUUAUCGCUUAUGCUUUAACUUUAAUCACAAAAACUGUCGAAAAAUUGGAAUAAAAUAUUAGCCUGAUACAUGGAAGUAUACUAUGCUUGCAAUUUUAAAUCGUGUGCUGACGAAGCGAUCGUUUCUCGGUCAAGAAUUGCUCGAAGGAUUUCCUCGUUCUACACGGAAUCGUUCCCACAAAAAAACGAAGGGGAUGGAUCGCCACCAAAAUAGUCAAUACGCCUGCCAUUUGACUCCCACCUAUCGCCGAAGAUUCAAACAGGCAGGUAUCAAAAUACAAGAUUAAAACAGAGUAUUUUUUAAACCUGGACAUUGAAUAGUGAUCAGAAAUCUAACUUUAUAUUAUAAUCAAAGAGGCUUGAGAUUUCACUCUAUAGACCACACA